AUUGAGGACGGCAAACAGAGCGUGCAUCUCGCUCUUCUGGCGACCGUGCGGUUGCUGCGUGACGUAAUCGCCAGGCUGGGCCCGGCGCUGGACGCCUGGCGGCGGCGCCCGGAGCGGGACAUGGCGGAGGCCUAGGCCGUUGCUAGGCUCUUCUCAGUCUCGAUGGAGCGGCAGGACGCGCUGGUCGCGGCCACCCCCCCGGCGCUGCAACACGUCCGAGAGGAGAGUGAGAGUUGGCCGACUCGAGCCGCGCCUGGGGACGCCAUCUGCCAGCACCGCUGAGGAGACAGGAGCUCCAGCAGUUUUUCAUCCAUGAUAACAUGUUGGUACGGGUAGAAGACUGGCAACAAGAAGCAGAGACUAAGCAUAAAUGGUUAGGAAGGAACUGCAGAUGUUGGUUUGCACCGAAGAUAGACACAAAAUGCUGUAGUAACUCAGCGGGUGAGGCAGCAUCUCUGGAGAAAAGGAAUAGGUGACGUUUCGGGUCGAGACCCUUCUUCAGAUGUACUUCAGAGGGUGACUAUGGAAAUCAGCGGUCUCCCACUGGAGUUGUGGCGUCUGAUCCUUGCAUAUUUGCCUCUCCCAGAUCUGGGUCGUUGUUGUGUGGUGUGCAGGGCUUGGUAUGAACUGAUAAUCAGCCUGGAUAAUACUCGGUGGAGACAGCUGUGCCUUGAAUGCAAUGAAUGCAAACAUCCAAACUGGCCAAAUGAACCUGAUGUGGAACCGCAAUCUUGGCGGGAAGCUUUCAGGCAACAUCACCUAGCUUCUAAAAUUUGGACCAAAAAUGCCCAGGACAUGGAAUCCUCAAACUGUUUGCAUUUAUUUCGGCGAAAGAAGGAUAGAAAAACUAUAUAUGUCGGCGCUACAAACGAACAUCCAAACCUCAGGAGUGCCUUAGCUGUUGCCAAUAUGUAUGAUAAGAUUUUUGUUUGCCCUGGUGUAUAUGAAGAACAGAAUGAAGUGAUUUUAAAGGUCCCUGUAGAAAUAAUUGGACUUGGAAAGUUAGGGGAUGUGGCACUCCUUAUUAGCUUUGACCAACACUGUCCAACAGCACGGCUGUGCAAUUUGGUCCUCAUGCCAGCAUGGUUCACGCCUGUUGUAUACAAGACAUUUUCCGGACAUAUCCAGCUUGAUAACUGCAACGUGGAGAAUGGGCAGGUACAUAUCCACGCACCAGGGACCUGCCAUGUGAAGUUUUGUACGUUCAACCAGUCCAGCAUCAAUUUCCAGAACGUAUCCCUCAGCCUAAUUGAAAACUCAGAGUUUAUUGGGAGUGAGGGUACAUCAGUGAGCGUGGCAGGCUCAGGCCUGACCGACAGAAAUUGGGCCUGCAAACACCUGGCGGUGGCUGCCAAAUCCAAAUCUGUUUUGAAUUCACCAGGCCAAGCUCUUUCAAGUACUUGCAACUCCAGAAAUCAUUGCCAGAGUUCACUGAGCAAAUUUGGAGCAUUUGAAUCGAAUGAGAACAUGACUGGUGCACGGCAGACCUCUAGCUUCACUCCAAAAUUCCAGGUGUCCCACACAAAAGAUGACCAUUGCAACAGAGAAGGAUGUGUUCUGAAAAGAAAGCCUUGUGAAGGAGCGAGAGUAACAUUGGACACGGAUUACAGUGACACUGAAAUGAGCACAAGUAGUGAGAAUGAGGAUGAUGAGCAAUCUGUGUAUAAACUUUCUUACCAAUCCCACGGCCUGAGUCGCAUGUUGUCAAGGACUAAUCCACUUAGACUUCAGAAGAAGGGAACUGAUCUUCUGCCAAUGGAUUUGGAGUUAAACACUCUACAGAAGGAGUUGCAAAAGGAUAAAAAUGCUCAGAUUCUCGCCAGCACCCUGCUGGGCUGUUUAAUUCAAAAGUGCCUUUUUCGGGAUGGAAAGGGUGGUGUGUUUAUUUGUAGUCACGGGCAAGCUAGACUGGAAUGCAAUGUCUUCAGAAACCUCAGCUAUGCCGUGCGGGGCAUCCAGAAUGCAAAGAUUAUAAUGAUAAAGAAUGAAAUUAGUCAAUGCAAAGCAUCAGGAAUCUUUUUACGACUGGAGGCAGGUGGAUUAAUCGCGGACAACAAUAUCCAUUCCAAUUCAGAGGCUGGCAUUGAUAUCCGAAAAGGGGCCAACCCUUUGAUAUUGUGCAACCAGAUACACAGUGGUCAUCGGUCUGGGAUUGUCGUGCUUGGGAAUGGAAAAGGCAUCAUUCGUAGCAAUCGUAUUUAUGGAAAUAAAGAGGCUGGGAUCUACAUUUUAUAUAAUGGAAACCCAGUGGUAAGUGGAAAUCACAUAUAUCAAGGACUUGCUGCAGGUGUUGCAGUGAAUGAAAAUGGAAGGGGCCAAAUAUUAGAAAAUAUUAUACGUGAAAAUCAUUGGGGGGGUGCAGAUAUACGACGAGGAGGAGAUCCCAUUCUGAGAAACAAUCUCAUCUGCUAUGGUUAUUCAGACGGCGUUGUCAUUGGUGAACGAGGGAAAGGAUUGAUAGAAGGAAACAACAUUUAUGGUAACAAAGGCUGUGGUGUGUGGGUUAUGUCCUCUAGUCUCCCUCAUAUUGCCAAUAACCAGAUCAGCCGCAACAACAUCUAUGGAGUGGCCGUAUUCUGUCGUAAAGAUGACACAAACGACUACCUCAACAACCAGGGAGGCAAUGAGAAUUUCAAUGACGAAUGGGAGAUCGUCAAUUGGGAGAAUGACUUUGACAGUGAUGAGGAGCGAUACACAUCGCACAAGCCAAUCACUGUCGCACUCAUUGAAUUUAACAACAUCAAUCAUAAUGGCGCUGCUGGUCUCUACAUAAAAAGCAGUGAGACACUCAACAUUUCAGCCAACGCAGUCCAUGCCAACCACGACAAUGGGAUUGCAGUUCAUCAGAGCAGUCAAUUCACCCACAUCACAAACAACAGCAUCACCUGCAACAGUGUAGGUGGAGUUCUUGUAGAAGCAGGAUGUAAAGUUGAACUUCGGGGCAAUGGUAUCUAUGACAACAACAGCCACGGUGUCACCUCAAAGGGAGAAGGUUCUGUCUUGGAGAAUGACAUUCUGGGAAACCAUGGCUAUGGGUUACAGCUACUCGAGAAUGCAGAUAUGAAGGUGACAAAGAAUAGAAUCCAAUCUCUUCACGACUAUGGGAUUGCAAUCUUGGACCAAGCUAAAGGAUCAGUGCAAGAAAAUCAGAUCUUCAGAGGGAAAUUAGGAAAGACCAUUUUAGAAAAAACUGCUAACUUGGAGGAAUGUACUGUCCAGAGCAAUGAAAUUUUAACAUGCAACAAAAGUUCUUGCAGAUCCGGCAUAGUCUGGAAGUUGGACAACCCUCCUUCGAGGCCGCAUGUCGAUGGAUCAACUCGACCCCUCUCCAUGGCCCAGACCAAUCAACGAGUUGCAUCCAUGACAACUCGGAUAGCUGCAAGAGUUGAAAGAGGCUGCCAUGACAAUGGAAGCAUCUUCUGUUCUAUUCUUUAAUGAUUUAAAAUUAACUUUGGUUCAAAAUAAGCCUUGGUCUGAAUCAAAUGUAUUUUCAGUAAUUAACAAAUUUGCGGCUCUCCUUUUUGUUAAUUCACUAUUUCACAGCUUUUCAUGGAUAUACUAGAAUCAAAUGAACAAAAAGCAUGACUUGACUUUAAACUUAAUUUGGAGCAACCCUCCAACACACAUUUAACUUUAUUAAAGUUAUGAUUUUAUAGCACAAUUUGUGUCAUCAUAGCUGCCACUUUAAUUUCUGCAUUUAGAUUCCAGGCAGAUAAAUUAAAAACACUUUGGCAUUA